GUAUCUCUUCACACUUAAUACCAAGAAUUGUUCAGGACAGUCUUUACAGUAUUGCAGUCUCUUGGACUAAGGAUGUCUGACAUUAAAGUCUAUGCUUUUGGCUGCCCUGCAGGUGCUGGACCUGCUGGUACCACAGAUGCAGCUGCUGUGCUGCACCUGUGAUGUCAGGGCAAAGAGGAAGUAGCUACUAAAAUAAAUGUGAAAGCACUGAAAGAGAAGAUUGAAUCUGAAAAGGGGAGAGAUGCCUUUCCUGUAGCGGGUCAGAAAUUAAUUUAUGCAGGCAAAAUCCUCAAUGAUGAUACUGCUCUAAAAGAAUAUAAAAUUGAUGAGAAAAACUUUGUGGUGGUUAUGGUGACAAAACCCAAAGCAGUGACAACACCAGCACCAGCAACAACUCAGCAAUCAAAUUCUGCCACCACAACCACAGUUAGUUCCUCCACAGCACCAGCUGUGGCUCAGGUCCCAACCCCCACCCCUGCUUUGGCUCCCACUCCCACACCUGCAUCUAUCACUCCAGCAUCAACGACAGCAUCGUCUGAACCUGCACCUGCUAGUACAACAAAACAGGAGAGCCCUGCAGAACAGCCAGCAGAAACACCAGUGGCUACUAGCCCAACAUCAACUGACAGUACAUCAGAUUCUUCUCGGUCAAACCUUUUUGAAGACGCAACAAGUGCUCUUGUGACAGGUCAGUCUUACGAGAAUAUGGUAACUGAGAUCAUGUCCAUGGGCUAUGAACGAGAGCAAGUAAUUGCAGCCCUGAGAGCCAGUUUCAACAACCCUGACAGAGCAGUGGAGUAUCUUUUAAUGGGAAUCCCUGGAGACAGAGAAAGUCAGGCUGUGGUUGAUCCCCCUCCAGCAGCUAGUACUGGGCCUCCUCAGUCUUCAGUGGCUGCGGCUGCAGCAACGACGACAGCAACGACUACAACAACAAGUUCUGGAGGACAUCCCCUUGAAUUUUUGCGGAAUCAGCCUCAGUUUCAACAGAUGAGACAAAUUAUUCAACAGAAUCCUUCCCUGCUUCCAGCAUUGCUACAACAGAUAGGUCGAGAAAAUCCUCAGUUACUGCAGCAAAUUAGCCAACACCAGGAGCAUUUUAUUCAGAUGUUAAAUGAACCAGUUCAAGAAGCUGGUGGUCAAGGAGGAGGGGGCGGAGGUGGCAGUGGAGGAGUUGCAGAAGCUGGAAGUGGUCAUAUGAACUACAUUCAAGUAACGCCUCAGGAAAAAGAAGCUAUAGAAAGGUUAAAGGCAUUAGGAUUUCCUGAAGGACUUGUGAUACAAGCAUAUUUUGCUUGUGAGAAGAAUGAGAACUUGGCUGCCAAUUUUCUUCUACAGCAGAACUUUGAUGAAGAUUAAAAGGGACUUUUUUUUUUAAUCUCACACUUCACACCAGUGCAUUA